AUGAAUUGGCCUUUCUAUGUUGCAGGUGCCCUUAUGAUUCCGAAUAUUAUAGCAGAAAUGGUUCCACUCUGCCGCAAAAAGGCGCCACCUUCGCCAUUUGUUUUUCUAAAUUGUUUAAUUUUAAACGUUGGAUUUGGAUUCCUUACAUCUCUUGUUACUGGAGAUGAAAUUCUUCAAAUUACAUCUUAUACAUGCCUUGGAGUAGGAGUUUUCUUCUUAAUUUUUCCAUUUGAUUAUUGUUAUUGCAAAACAUGGUUCGAUGGUUGGCAUUUUGCUGUUGGAGAGAUUUUUAACAAAAAGCUUUCACGUCAGGAUUUUAUUCAACAGAUGAGUGGAAAUCGUGCAAUUCCUCCUGAGAUAACUGUUACUGCAACAGCAUCACAUGAUGAAACCAGAACAGAAUUUGAGACAGUCACUGAUUCUGAUGGAUCUACUCACACAGAGACUAGAACUUAUACAGUUACUGUAGUUACAUGGCGAGAUACUCAAGCAUUUCAUUAUGAGUCUUGGCAAGAAGAUUCAAAUUCAAUCCGUAUUAAAGAGACAGAUGUUGUUCAUGCUGUUUGUACAGUGAAAUAUGAUUUAGAUGAGUCAUGUAAAAGAUCACUUGAUGCAUUUGAAAAAACGAUGUACGAUAUAGCAAAAAUGCACGAUACUGAUGUUUAUACCAGUCGAAAAAUGCAAACACCGAAUCUCAAGCAUAGCAUCACCGGAUAUAUUUGUCAUGAAGAACCUUGCGAAACUAAAUUCUAUCAAAGUUGCAUUGGUCGCUUUCUUUGGAUCUUUUUCACCAUGAUCGGGUACCAAUUAGCUUAUGAAUCACGUUGGGCAUCAUCUGGUGAGAGAAUGCGUCUUAGACUUAUUAAACGAAUGUCAAGCCAUGGAUUAAAAUAUCGCUGUAGAUAUGGUCAGGAUGAUGUGGUUGCUGCAGAAUCCACAUUUAGAAUAGAAAAUGAGAUGACUGCAUUAAAUUCACCACUAAUCAUGUCAUAUGAAACACCAAGUAUGGAUAAAUCUUGGCUGAAAGAUGUACCAUUCACAUCACCAUAUCAAAAUCAACCUGUUGCUCUUGCUCCUCAGCAAAGUGCAUCGCAACAAUUAUAUGUUGCUCCACCUGGUAAUGUUGUAUCAGUUUCCAUGCUUUCUGAAAAGAAUGAAGAUGAAAAGGCAUUAAAGGAUGAAAAUGAAAUGUCAUUAAAGGAUGAAAACGAAAUGCCAUUAAAGGAUGAAAACGAAAUCUCAUUAAAGGAUGAAAACGAAAUCUCAUUAAAGGAUGAAAACGAAAUCUCAUUAAAGGAUGAAAACGAAAUCUCAUUAAAGGAUGUAAAUACAUGA